AUGGGCUCCAAGAACUGGCAAGAAAUCGCAACCGCGAAGCGUGAGGCGAUCCUGGCCUCCAUCCCCAAGGAAUACAUCAUCCCCGACCUGCCCACUCCGGAGCAGCAGCGCGACGUGACGGGCACCUUCGUGCACAAGUACCUCAGUCCGCAGGAAAUCGAGAUCACGGAGACAGACGCCCCAGGCAUCGUCGCCAAGACGACGACGGGAGAAUGGACCGCCGUCGAAGUCACCAAAGCCUUCAUCCACCGCGCAUGCAUCGCACACCAAUUGACAAACUGCCUCCACGAAACCGCCUUCCCCGCCGCCCUCGCCUCCGCCGCGGCGCUGGACGCGCACUUCUCGCAAACCCGCACCCCCCUCGGUCCCCUCCACGGCCUCCCCAUCUCCCUAAAAGACCAAUUCCACGUCCGCGGUCUCGAAACCUCCAUGGGCUACGUGGGGUGGCUCGGCACCUUCGAAGGCCACGCCCCCCCGCACCCCAACUACCCCAUCGCCACCGAAUCCGCCCUCGUCACCAUCCUCCGCUCCCUCGGCGCCGUCAUCUACGUCAAAACCGCCGUCCCGCACACCCUCAUGUGCGGCGAGACGGUCAACAACAUCAUCGGCUACACGCUGUCGCCCACCAACCGCCUCCUCUCCUCGGGCGGCUCCUCCGGCGGCGAGGGCGCGCUGAUCGCGCUCAAGGGCUCCCCCCUCGGCCUGGGCACCGACAUCGGCGGCUCCAUCCGCAUCCCCGCGGCGUUCAAUGGCGUCUACGGCCUGCGCCCCAGCACCGGCCGCCUGCCGUACGAAGGCAUGGCGAACAGCAUGGCGGGCCAGAACAGCGUGCUCAGCGUCGUCGGGCCGCUGGCCGGCAGCGUCGGCGCCCUACAGUUACUCGUAAAAGCCGUCCUAAGCGCGGCGCAGCCGUGGCGCGUCGACCCGGCCGUCGUCGAGCUGCCGUGGCGGGCGGAGAAGGAGGAGAACACCAACAAGAAACUCACCUUCGGCCUGCUCCGCGACGACGGCGUCGUCCGCGUCACGCCGCCCGUCGCGCGCGCGCUGUCUCUCGCCGCCGACAAGCUGCGCGCGGCGGGCCACACCGUCGUCGAGUGGACGCCGCCAGCCGAAGCCUCACACGCCGCCAUCGUCGACUGCUGCGCGCGCACGUGGACGUACGACGGCGGCCGCGACACCAUCAGCGCCUUUGCCCUCUCCGGCGAGCCGCAGGCCGAGCACGUGCAGAUGCCGUGGCCGGCGCCUUUGGCUUCUGAAGCCACCGCCACCGAGAUCGCGGCCAACAACGUGCGGCAGCGCCGGCUGCAGAAGGCGUAUCUGGAUUACUGGAAUGGUACUGAUGUCGAUGUUAUUAUCAGUCCUGUCGCGCCGUUCCCGGCUGCGCGCCCGAAGCAGUACAAGUACUACGGGUAUUCGAUGUGGGUGAAUUUGCUCGACUAUACGAGCGUCGUCGUGCCCGUGACGAGGGCGAGUAAAGAGGUCGAUCGGCCGGUGGGGAUGGCGGAAUUUGAGCCGAGGAGCGAGUUGGAGAGGGAGACGCAGGAGUCGUAUGAUCCGGACAUCUAUGAUGGUGCGCCUGUGGCGUUGCAGUUUGUGGGCAGGAGGCUGGAGGAGGAGAAGAUGCUGAAGGUGGCCGAGGUGGUGGAUGCGGUGUUGAAGGGGUGA